AUGGCGAUCCAGAAGAAGCAUGGCAAAGGCCGUCUCGACAAAUUCUACAGGCUAGCCAAGGAGCAGGGAUGGAGGGCCAGAGCAGCUUUCAAACUUAUUCAACUCAAUAAGAAGUAUGGCUUCCUCGAGCAGAGCAAGGUUGUCAUCGACCUUUGCGCCGCGCCUGGUAGUUGGUUACAAGUGUGCAGAGCCAACUGUCCAAAGGAAGCGAUUUUGAUCGGAUGCGACCUUUCACCAAUUAAGCCAAUACCCGGCUGUAUAACCUUCCAAUCUGACAUAACUAGCGAAGAUUGCCGCUCCACGCUUCGGCAGCACUUGAAGACAUGGAAGGCGGAUACCGUGAUACACGACGGAGCUCCAAACGUUGGAACUGCCUGGGUACAGGACGCAUUCGACCAGAACCGACUCGUUCUUGAGUCCAUGAAGUUGGCAGUCUCGUUCUUACGAAGUGGUGGAGUAUUCGUGACAAAGAUCUUCCGCUCAAGGGAUAGCGAAGCUCUCCUCUGGGUUUUCAGGCAGCUAUUCGACAAGGUCGAAACAACAAAGCCCCCGGCCAGCAGGUUAGUGUCUUCAGAAUAUUUUGCGGUAUGCAGGGGUUUUAAGGCCCCUAAGAAGUUGGACAGUCGAUUUCUUGACCCCAAAUAUGUCUUUGCUGAGUUGUCUGGUCCGAACGCAAACAACGAAGCCAAGGUCUACAAUCCCGAGGUCAAAAAGCGCAAGCGAGACGGUUAUGAAGAGGGCGACUUCACACAAUACAAGGAGAUGCCUGCCUCGGACUUCAUCCAGACCACCGAUCCAAUUGCUGUACUUGGUUCAUACAACAGACUAAGCUUCAAGCAGCCGCCUAACGGGGAUGUGGCUCUGGCUGCUCUUGACAAACUUUCUCAGACGACGGACGAAAUUCGGAACUGUUGCUCUGAUCUAAGAGUACUGGGACGCAAAGAUUUCAAACUUCUGCUCAGGUGGCGGCUCAAGGUGCGGGAGCUGUUUGGUCUCUCGGCGGCCAAGGGCAUCACAACAACAGAAGAUCCAGAAGAGGUGGCUGAAGUUGAGUCAAUGGAUGAAGAACUCAAGAUCCAGCAAGAGCUCCAAAACAUGAAGGAACGUGAAAACACUAAGCGAAAACGGGAAAAGCGAAAGGAAAACGAGCGGAAACAACGUGAGGUAGUGCGCAUGCAGCUCAACAUGGGCACGCCUUUCGACAUCGGUCUAGAAGAAAGUGGACCAAUUGGCGAGGGGGCAAUGUUUUCACUCAAGAAAGUCGACAAGACAGACGCCAUGCGAAAGUUGAACCGUGGCAAGAUGGUUGUUCCCACCCAAGCGACGCAGAAGGAGGCCGACAGUGGCCUUGGUUCCUCAGGGGAGACAGACAACGAGAGUGACCCAGAAGAGGAUCGCUUGGAGCGAGAGCUUGAGUCCAUGUAUGACCAAUACAAGGAGCGCAAGGCUGAGGUUGAUGCGAAAUAUCGAGCAAAAAAGGCUCGUAAGAAUUUUGGUGAUGAUGAGUGGGCUGGUCUGUCUGGCGAAGAAGCAGAGGAGAAAGAUGACUCCUCCGAGCUCGAGGAAGAUGAUUCUUCUGAUGACGAAGACGAAACUCCUACAACAGGACUUAUUCGAGAUUUGGAUUCUUCAAAGGGCGCAAACGGCCUGUCUAAGAUGGCAACAGCCUUUUUCAACCGAGAUAUCUUUUCAGGCAUCACUGGGAUCUUACCUGAGCAGGAAGAUGCUGCUGAGGACAGUGCGGACGAAGAAGUCAACCGAGACGCAGAAGCUAUCAUGGCUCAGCAAGCGAAGACCCGUAAGGCUGAGGCUCCUGCUAAGUCUACCAAGACCAACGCGGUCCAAGUCGACUCUGAUGCCGAGAUGGAGGACAAUGAUGAUGGGUUUGAGGUUGUCAAGCGAAAUGACGACGACGACUGGGACAAGGACACCCGACGAGCCGAUGGCAGACCUGAUAUCGACAUUAUUACUGCUGAAGCGAUGUCCCUUGCUCACAGACUUGCUACUGGUCAAACAACAACCCAUGAUGCCAUUGACGAUGGUUACAACAAGUAUGCCUUCCGUGAUCGGGAUGGUUUACCAGAUUGGUUUGUCGAGGAUGAAUCACGACAUGACAAGCUUCAGAAACCCAUAAGCAAGGCUGCUGCGCAGGCGAUCAAGGAGAAGAUGCGAGCUUUCAAUGCUCGCCCCAUCAAGAAGGUGCGCGAGGCUAAGGCUCGCAAGAAGUUCAAGGCCGCGCAGAAGCUUGAGAAGCUCAAGAAGAAGUCAGAGUUGCUCAACAAUGACGAAAAUAUGACCGAGAAGGAGAAGGCUGCCAGCAUCUCGCGCCUUAUUUCGAGAGCAGCAAAGAAACCCCAGAAGCAACUGCCCAAGCUCGUUGUCGCCCGCGGUCUCAACCGGGGCAUCAAGGGCCGUCCUAAGGGCGUACGUGGUCGCUACAAAAUCGUUGAUGCUAGACAAAAGAAGGAGUUGCGAGCGCAGAAGAGGAUUGCCAAGAAGAAGAAGUAA